GAUAUAAAACGUUAUUUGACAAAUUGACAUUGACAUUUUGGCAACAAGCCGCAAUCCGCAUCUUCUGUCAAGUAGAUCUGCUCAUUGAACGUGUAUUGUAUCGUCGUAUUAUUUUUUGGUUUUCCUUGUGUUUCAGUUAAAAUUACAUGAAGAAAAGAGAUUACAAAUGCAAUAACAGCUACUUAUUGAAUUCGGCCGGUGUAAUGAAAAAGAUAAAAAACAAUUGUUUAGUUCUCACCAACAAUCAUCGGUCGGUGACUAUUGAUGUUUAAAAGUUCCUCAUUUAGCAGAUUCAACUAUUAUAUUAAGCAUGGAUUCGUCUGUUAUGAAACCUGUUCAACCUCAUGUAUUUAAAGCUCUUAAGGACCUUGAUAUCACGUCACUCAUGAAAUGUUCACCCGAUGAAAUAAGACCAAUAAUCCCGUGUCUCGUGCGUAUGGCCCUAAUAGCUCCGCUGGACACCACCAGGGCUUGUUCAGAGGCCAAGAAAGAUGUCCUAACAUUACUUUCAGGCAUAGAUUUGGUUAACUUUAUUGUUUCACUACUGUCAAUUGAGUUCAAUACAUUAGAAACUGAUGUUAAAAAAGAACAGCAGAUGAGGUUAAAAAGUGGCUCACAAUGUACUGAGACAUUCCUUAUUCAAAAUAUUGCAAAUGGUAUCACAAAUGACUUUGAGCAGUCAGACUCUCCCCGGCGAGUACGCCUCGUUCUGUCAGAGCUCUUACAAAUGCAAGCUCAAUUAGUAGAGUACAACCAAAACAAAGGUUCCAACUCUGAGUUCACUAUCAAACCAUCGGAACUCUUUGAUAAUGAUGUUUAUUUAGAGGAAGUGACAGAUGUUAUUGCUAUAAGUCUUGCAGAAUUGACCAAUUUACUGAAUAUUUGUGAUAUUGUUGAAAUAUUGCUUCAUGUGAAUAAGGGCCCUAUUAUAAUCUCAUGGAUAGUAGCUAACAUGCCAGAUACUUUGUACGAAGUGGCUGAAUCCCUGGUGAUGAAUGCUGAUAGAAGUGAAGAAGGUGGUAUCAGGGCUAAAACACUGACAAUUCUAUGUGCUGCAAAUCCUCAUAUUGCUGCAGCAGUCAGAGCUAAAGCUGCAUCUGCCUCUAGACUCCCGUCACUAGUUAUCAACCUCACAUUGAUACAUCAAAGAGAUGAUUUGGUCUCUUUCAUGUCAGGACUUCUUCUUGGAUCUGACCAAACAACAAGAGCCUGGUUUGCAACAUUUUUACGGAACUCUCAUAAAAGAGGCAAAGGCGAUGGACAUUCAGCCUUGACUAAAUUACGACAAGAACUACUGAACCGGCUGAAAGAUGCCGUUGCUGGUGUUGAAGCUUCUGCACUACUGAGACUAUACUGUGCUCUGAGAGGAAUAGCAGGCAUUAAGUUUCAAGAUGAUGAAGUUGCUGGUCUUCUAAGGCUAGUGACACAGAAGCCACCACCCACACCAGCAGGAGUCAGAUUUGUUUCCCUGAGUCUUUGUAUGAUACUUGCAUGUCCAUCACUUAUGGCUGCUCCAGACCAUGAAAAAAGGGCUAUUGAAUGGGUACAGUGGCUUGUCAAGGAAGAAGCGUACUUUGAAAGUAAUUCUGGCGUUACAGCAUCUUUUGGCGAGAUGUUACUUUUGAUAGCUAUACACUUCCACUCUGGGCAGUUGGCCGCCGUAGGGGAACUCGUCUGCGCCACCUUGGGCAUGCGCGUACCAGUGCGACCGAACGGACUCGCAAGGAUUAAACAAGCUUUCACACAAGAAAUAUUUACAGAACAGGUUGUUACCGCACACGCAGUUAAAGUACCAGUUACAGCGAAUCUUAAUAGCAAUAUACCUGGAUAUUUACCUGUUCAUUGUAUUCAUCAACUAUUAAAAUCUCGAGCUUUUUCUAAACAUAAAGUCCCUAUCAAAAAUUGGAUAUACAAACAGAUUUGUAACUGCACAGCACCUCUACAUCCAGUCAUGCCAGCUUUGGUAGAAGUGUAUGUUAAUUCUAUUCUUGUCGUCAACAACAAAGGUGCUAAUGAGUAUGUGAACAAGCCAAUAAUGGAAGAAGAAAUAAGGAAAGUUUUUCGGAACUCUAUUUUUGGUGCUAACUUUGAUGUACAAAGUAAACCAUUUUCACCAAUGGAAAUCGACAAUGGAGAAUCCUCUUUCGACGUGAAUAUCGAAAAGCCAACUUUAGCAUCGCAGUUGCUACUUAUUUACUACCUACUAUUGUAUGAAGAUGUAAGGCUAGCAAACACUGCAACACUUAUAGCCAACGGGCGAAAAGUAAAAAGCUAUUCAGCAGCUUUUCUGUCAGAGUUACCUAUAAAAUACUUACUACAUCAGGCUCAAAAAGAUCAAAUGAGUUACGGUGGCUUAUUCAGCCCACUGCUUCGACUACUAGCCACACAUUUCCCACAGUUGUCUUUAGUUGAUGACUGGAUGGACGAUCAAGUUUUCGGCGAUUGCAAUCGCCAUCAAGUAGAUGUAAACCUGUCUGAAAUAGCUAUAAAUGAAGCGUUCAGUAAGAUAGAAGAAAAUCCCUACAAAACAGGCAAAAUCUUAAAAGCUAUGUUGAAUAAAAAUCCGACUGACAUAUGGCCUUUUGCUGAAACAUUCGUAAAAUAUUUUAAGAGCGUUCUUGGAGAUCAAGUACCGCGACAUAUACAAGAGUUGUAUCACGAAGUUUGGUUGCGUCUAAAUACGGUGUUGCCUCGAUGUCUAUGGAUUAUGACGAUCAAUGCGUUAUUGGACAUCAAUGGAGGCGUGAAAAACGUUACGAUAACACAGGAGAACGUAUUGGUAGAUCCAUUACAGGUUUUGCGUUGCGACAUUAGAGUAUUUAGGUGCGGGCCAAUAUUGAAAAUUAUUCUUAGAAUAUUAGAAGCCAGUUUGGCUGCUUCGAGAAGCCAACUUAGUCGACAUUUAUUGGAUAAGCCUUUACUGGAAAAAAGCGGACAGCUAACAUCAGAUGCCGAAAGAGAAGAAUUAAAAAAUGCUUUAGUAGCUGCACAAGAGAGUGCCGCCCUUCAAAUAUUGCUAGAAGCUUGUCUAGAGACUUCAGAAGAUGAAGCUAAACCUGAACUGAUGUGGUCACUUCGUGAAGUAAGGAGCAUCAUCUGUUCUUUCCUGCAUCAAAUAUUUAUAUCGGAACCAUCGUUAGCUAAACUGGUACACUUCCAAGGAUAUCCGAGGGAACUGCUGCCGGUCACAGUUCAGGGAAUACCAUCAAUGCAUAUAUGCUUAGAUUUUAUACCAGAACUCUUAAGUCUAGCCUCUCUCGAAAAGCAGAUAUUUGCUGUAGAUUUGGUGUCUCAUUUGUCCAUACAAUAUGCUUUACCGAAAGCUAUGUCAAUAGCGAGAUUAUGCGUCAACACUUUGUCUACUCUUUUGUCAGUGCUUCCCAGCGACUUAAGAUUGGAACUGUUUCAGCCAGUGCUUAAAUCGUUAGUAAGGAUUUGCACAGCAUUUCCUUCAUUAUUAGAAGACAUAACCUCGCUUCUAUUACAACUGGGCAGGAUAUGCGAGUCGCAGGCGUCUCUCGGUCACUGUUGGAACGACAGCAGUAUACUAGGCGAAGGUGCAUAUGUGCCUUCAGAAGUACAACCAGAAACAAAAGUCUUAGUUGCUGAAGUUCUGUGCCGAGAUAUAAAAGUGACUAUGUCUGAUAUAGUGGAGAAAGCUCUGUUGAAUGAUAAAUUGUAUUAAAGUUUUAAUAGUAGUACAUAUUUAGUGUAAGUUGAGAUAAUAUUUUAUAAAUAAACGUGUUACAACAUGAACAUAAAAAA